AUGCAAAUCCGCCCGUUCCCCGCCCCUCCUUCCUAUCCUCCCCAUUCUCACCUCCUUCCCUAUCCUCCCCAUCCUCACCUCCUUCCCUAUCCUCCCCAUUCUCACCUCCUUCCCUAUCCUCCCCAUCCUCACCUCCUUCCUGAUCCUCCCCAUCCUCUCCUCCUUCCCAUCCUCCCCAUCCUCUCCUCCUUCCCAUCCUCCCCAUCCUCUCCUCCUUCCCCAUCCUCCCCAUCCUCUCCUCCUUCCCUAUCCUCCCCAUUCUCACCUCCUUCCCAUCCUCCCCAUCCUCACCUCCUUCCCAUCCUCCCCAUCCUCUCCUCCUUCCCAUCCUCCCCAUCCUCACCUCCUUCCCCAUCCUCCCCAUCCUCUCCUCCUUCCCCAUCCUCCCCAUCCUCUCCUCCUUCCCAUCCUCCCCAUCCUCUCCUCCUUCCCUAUCCUCCCCAUUCUCACCUCCUUCCCAUCCUCCCCAUCCUCUCCUCCUUCCCAUCCUCCCCAUCCUCUCCUCCUUCCCAUCCUCCCCAUCCUCACCUCCUUCCCCAUCCUCCCCAUCCUCUCCUCCUUCCCCAUCCUCCCCAUCCUCUCCUCCUUCCCAUCCUCCCCAUCCUCACCUCCUUCCCUAUCCUCCCCAUUCUCACCUCCUUCCCUAUCCUCCCCAUUCUCACCUCCUUCCCUAUCCUCCCCAUCCUCUCCUCCUUCCCAUCCUCCCCAUCCUCUCCUCCUUCCCCAUCCUCCCCAUCCUCUCCUCCUUCCCAUCCUCCCCAUCCUCUCCUCCUUCCCUAUCCUCCCCAUCCUCUCCUCCUUCCCAUCCUCCCCAUCCUCUCCUCCUUCCCCAUCCUCCCCAUCCUCUCCUCCUUCCCAUCCUCCCCAUCCUCUCCUCCUUCCCUAUCCUCCCCAUCCUCUCCUCCUUCCCCAUCCUCCCCAUCCUCUCCUCCUUCCCCAUCCUCCCCAGCCUCUCCUCCUUCCCAUCCUCCCCAUCCUCUCCUCCUUCCCUAUCCUCCCCAUCCUCUCCUCCUUCCCCAUCCUCCCCAUCCUCUUCUCCUUCCCAUCAUCCCCAUCCUCUCCUCCUUCCCUAUCCUCCCCAUCCUCUCCUCCUUCCCCAUCCUCCCCAUCCUCUCCUCCUUCCCCAUCCUCCCCAUCCUCUCCUCCUUCCCAUCCUCCCCAUCCUCUCCUCCUUCCCUAUCCUCCCCACGCUCCUCAUCCCUCCCUAUGCUCUCUAUUCUUCUCAAUCCGCCCAUUCUUGACUGCCAUCCCUCGUUCAGAGCUCCUCAUAUCCCGUGCUACCCUUCCCUUCGUGUCUCCCCCCUUAUCCUCCUUUCCCAAUCCCCUCUCUUCCUCCCCACGCCCCCGUUCCCCCAAUCCCAGCGAGCCUCAUCAGGCCACUACAUGUUCCACGCCAUUGCCCCCAUCGCCCCCGGUGCCGACCUCCUCACACACUACGGCGUACGCUCCUCCCACUCCUUCCUCCUCUCCUACGGCUUCUCCCCCCAUCCCAACUCCUUAGACUCCCUCCCCCUCUUCCGCUCCUCUUCUGACCUGCUUGAGUUCUUCGCGGAGCAUUAUUUCCCCGGGGAUUUUGGGGAGGAGGAUGGGGAGGUGGCGAGGGGGGUGAUGGGGGAGGUGGAGGAGAGUGUGAAGAGUGUGGGGAGGGUGGUGAGGGUGCUGAUUGGGGCUGUAGAGGAUGGAGGUGGGGAGGGGGUGGGGGAGAGUGGGGAUGAGUGUGAGGGGAAGGGUGAGGAGGAGCGGAAGGGGAAGAUUGAUGGGGAGAUUGAGGGGGGAAUUGAAGGGGAGAGGAAGAAGGAGACUACUAGACGAAUUGAUGGGGGAAACGGUGGGUGUAGCAGUGGGGAGAGAAGGGAGAGGGUGACCAUUUGUGAGGGGGGCGUGGAUGGAGAAGAGGAGGAGUUGGUGCAGAUCGCAGCAUCAGAGAGAUCACCAGCAACCGCCACAGUGUACCUGCAGUACGGGACGAGUCUGUACGGGCCAGAGUACAGCUUUGAGGCGGAGCAGGGGUAUGCGGUGUGGCCGCAUGGGCAUGUGGACCCUCGCAUCAUGGCGUCCUUUGCUGCUCUCUGGCACCUCUUUGUCUAUGGCCGCGAGCCCCGGCACCACCCUAUAGCCUGUGCCAGCGUUCUGUACUGCUGGGGCAUCUCCCACCCGGCAUUGCACCCCCUGCGCCCCCGCCUCUUCCCCCGCCUGCUUGCAUGCCUGAAAGCUGCUCUGGAUGGCAUACACGCGCGUUGUUGUGCUGUUAUUGAUGGGUUUGGAAGCCGGUUGGAGGAGGAUGAGGAGGAACUGGCAGGCUUGUUGGCGAGAGAGAGGAGGGGGUUGACAAAGAGGGUGGGGAAGAGGAAGAAUGUGAGGAGGGUUGUGGAGGGAGGAGGAAGGGAGGGUCCCGGAGAAGGGGAGGACGGUCGGAGGGAGGAAAUUAUUGAGAUUCAAGAGAAUGAGGGGAGUAAGGAAAGCGAGGAAAGUGAGAGUGAGGAGAGUGUGGAGGACGGAGGGGACAGGAAAGGGGGCAUAGCGGAGAGGGAGGCAAGGGAGAGGGAGGUGGUGUUGCAGUAUCGGAUAGGGAGGAAGAGGCUGGUGGGGGUAUUGGAGAGGAGACUGAGGAGGUCGCUUACAGGGGGGUUGAAGGGGAUGGGGGGAGGAGAGUUGGAAGAGAGGGCAGUCAUGGGGAGGUUGAUGGAAGGAAGCACCAUGUGGUAG